CUGAAUAUUAAGGUUGUUGGGACUCAAUUACUGGAUGACUGACUUUUGGAAUUUAGGAACAGUGAAGACAGGAAGCAGAAGAAGAAAUAAUCAAGAAAACUUCCUUGGCUUCAGUAAGUACCUGGCUCAAAAUCAGAAAUAUUUACUUCAGUUUAAACUAGAAAGUUUGUCUUUCAAACAUUAUUUAAUGCUUGGAAUCGUUCACAUUUGAUUAAAAGACAUAGUUGAAAACUUUCCUUAUUUUUUUGGUUAGGUUUUUGUUUUGUUUUUUUUGGUUUUUUCCCCUGUAAAACCUCUUCAAGGCUCAAGCAAUGACACCAUCACAAUUGUUAAUUAUUUGGUAAACUGUGACUUCCUUGCAACAGAUGAGUUGUUAGUGACUCUUGUUCCUGUGUCCAUGACUAAUGUGUUAUCUGGACUGUUCUGGAAAAAACAAAAAAAAUCCGUGGACACUGUUGGUCUGAGUUGGGAACAGAAUGGCUGAGACAGAAGCAUUUUUAGCCGGUGAGCUGCAUUUGGUAACUAAAUUAUUAGAAAGGCUUUUCUAUAAUUCAUUUGGUUACAACGUUUCCAAACUUGGUGGGUGUUAUUUUGUUCUGUUUGUUUUAAAUUGUAAAUCUGGGUACUCAAGGAUUUUUAAGAGCUGUGAAAAACAGUCGCAUUAGGUACUCAACCUGCACUGAUAGACACUCAGCAGAAGAGCUUGUCUUUAUAGAAAUAGACUCUGACUGGGGAGUGUAUGUUUAAAUGUCAGUCUGCAGAAGCACAAGGUCAAGUGAUGGUUUAUGUUAAUAACUCUGUGAAUGUAUUAAAUCCUGACAAGAUUGACCAUUUAUUUUGGUAGCUAUCUCAGUUGAAGGUAUUAAAACCAGCAAACCGUCAAGAAUCUUAGACUUGGAAUAUUAUUUUGACUUGAUAUUAUUCAGAUUCCUAAGGAGCCUCUUUUUUUUACUGUGUGUGUGUGUGUGUGUGUGUGUGUGUGUGUGUGUGUAUUUUUUUUAAGUUUGAGAGGGAUAGAGAACAAGAGCAGGGGAGGGGCAGAGAGAGAGGGAGACAGAGAAUCCAUCCCAGCAGACUCUCCGCUGCCAGUGAAGAGCCUAAUGCGGGGCUUGAACUCAACUGUGAGAUCAUGACCUGAGUCGAAACCAAGAGUCAGAUACUUAACCCACUGAGCCACCCAGGUGCCCCACCUUAGGAGCUUCUCAUAUCACUUCACUUGAUUCAACACAUUUAAAUCCGCACAUGUUAUAUUUUGCAGUCAAGGAAAGGUGACUACAAGCCAUGAAUCUUGCUGAUGUAUUAUUGUGACUUAGGCUGGUUAUCCUCCAAAUUUAAAGAUCAUCUUUCUAUUCUAGAGAGCAAAAUUUACAUAUUGUGGGUUAUUUUGUAAAAUUUUGGAGUAUUUAUGAUUUGAGUUAUUUAUAAACAAUGGUUGGGAACUUAACAGAAGGUCCUUGUGAAUGUUGGAAGUCCAGAGCGAUAAGGGGGCUUUUGCCUUCAGAGACCGCAUUAUCUGUGGAGGCAGGGUGUGUGCAGCAGAAUCUGACCACACGAAGUCACUCAUAAGUACCACUUGAAAUGGGGAUCUUGGUACUUGCUGUUCCCCUUGAAGUGCUUACCUCAAAUAAAGCUUACUUAAGGUUGGUUUUCAGUUGUCACCUCCAACUAUAAGCUUUCACCUGACCGUAUUUAAAAAUAGCAACAUCCCUCUCCCACAUUUUUUACGCUCCUUCCCUGCUUUAUGGUCUCCAGAGCAUGUGUUGGCAUCUUGUUUUUCAUUCUCUCACUAUGGCAGGGAAUUUUUGCUGCUUUAUCUGCAUGGUCUAAAACAACUUGUGGCAUUUGAUAAAUGUUCACUAAGGAGUAUAUAAAUGAAUGGAUAGGGAAGACAUGUCACCACUGCUUAAACUUGGGAGGAACGCUAGGACCUAAGCCUUCAGGUUAGCUAGGAGAAAAAAGGCCUGAGGCAUCCUAGGUAGAGGGCAAAGUCAUGAAGAAUUUGCCUGCUGUACUGGAAGCCCCUAUUUUGUAUGAGCUUACUUUUUACUUGUUAUAAAGUCACUUUCAGGUACUUCAAAACUGUUGUUUUACAAGUUUAAGUAUCAAGAGCUAUUACCACUUGUGUAUAUUGUUGUGUGGCCCAUUGUAUCCAUACCUCCAUUGUGAUGUCAUCAAAUCAUCUCAGGUAAAGGACAGACAGCUCCAGCCAUCUUGUAACUUUACUAUUAUCAGUACAUUUAUGUCGCUUUUUCUUGCGCAUUGAUUAGUAUGUUUUAUCCACCUUGGUUGUUACAAUGAAGAAUCAGGAUAAGGAAAGACAUGGACCAAUAUGUAGGAAACUCUUCAACAAAAAGCGUAAACCUUUCAAUUCCCUGAAACAAAGAUUACAGGGCACUGACAUUCUCAUUGUGAGAACAGCUCCUCAGUCCAAGCAUCAACCUGUGAGGAGAUCUAACUGGAGACAACAACAUGAAGAUUUCAUUAAUGCAAUCCGUUCAGCCAAGCAGUCUACACUAGCCGUUAAAGAAGGCCGACCUCUCCCACCUCCACCUCCUCCAUCCAUCAACCCAGAUUAUAUUCAGUGCCCAUACUGUAUGAGGAGGUUUAAUGAAACUGCAGCCAGUCGGCAUAUUAAUUUCUGCAAGGAUCAGUCUUCUCGCCGAGUCUUUGAUCCAGCCCAGACAGCAGCCAAAAUGGCAUCCAGGGUGCAGGCUAGGGCUCAGAUGAGUCCAAAAAAAGAGCCAACUGUAACCAGUGCCGUGAGAGUGUUGCUGCAGAACAGGGCCCUGGGAUCCCCGACUGUGGUCCCAGCUAGGCCAGGUGAGUCGGAGCGAGCGAGUCGGCUAUCGGACGAGGGACCAGGGGGGAACCACCGUUGGCUUUGGGAUUUGUUGGCGGUUGGCGAAAGCUGUGACAUACAGUGUUGCUUUUGGGUGUAAAGACACGUGGUUUUGAGGUUAACACUUAUUUGCCAAGAAGGAGCGUUUCCCAAUUUAUCGGGAUUUGAUAACUCUGUUGAUAUACAGAGUCAGAUACGAUUACAACAGGACGGUCUAGAGCCAUCCUUCUCUGGUCUUGUGAAAUUGAAAAGAGGUUAAGAAUGGGAUAUAAAAGUGUGUCAGGUAUGGUGUGGAAAAUAAGAGAAGAAAACGGAAGAGCCAAGACAUGGCAACAAGCUAAGUGUCUGCUGCUGGAUGAAGAGUUAAAGACGUUGCAUAUAGACAUGAUGGAAUGUUAUGUAGCCAUAGAAAAGAAGGAAAUUCUGCCUUCUGUGACAACACGGAUGGACAUUAAGAUCAUUAUCCUAAGUGAGAUAGUUCAGACAGAGAAAGAUAAAUACCGUGUGAUCACACUUACAUAUGGAAUCUAAAAGAAGUUGAACUCAUAAGAACAGGAAGUAGAAUGGUGAUUGUCCUAGGUGAAGGUGGGGUUGGGGAAAUGAUGGUCAAAGGGUACAGACUCCCAGCUGUAAGUGCCAGGGAUCUAAUGUAGGGAAUGGGGACUUUUGUUAAAAAUAUUGUGUUAUAUACUUGAAACUUGCUAAGAGAGUAGAUCUUAAAUAUCCUCACCACACACACCCACCAAAAGUAACUAUGUGAGGUGAUGGACGUGUAAACAUUUUUUGUGGUAGUUAUUUUGCAAGAUAUAUGUGUAUCAAACCAUCCUGUUGUGCACCUUAAACCUUCACAAUGUUCUAAUCAAUUAUAUCUCAAUAAAGCUGGGAAAGAAAAAAAAGGGAAAUUUUCCUUGCUAGAACUAAACAAUUUCUUCCAAGUAGCAGAAAGGCAUAACCACCAUUAAAGCACUUCCUAUGUGCUAGAACCAUUUCAUUUUAUCCUAAUAAUCUCCCAAAUGUUUUAAUCUGUGGAAAGGGAAAGAGGCUCGGAGAGGAGAAGUUAUUUGUUCAAGGCACACGACUGGUAAACCUACACGUGUUUCCCCUCUGCACUGAGCUGCCUUAAUAAAUGUGGCAUUCUUCUUAUGAUCAACAUUAUGCUAUGAAGGCAAUGUGAAUUCACUCAUGACCAUAUUGUUGCCUCUGAUCAGAAGUCAUAUUUUGAAGAAGUUCUCAGAAUCAGACUAGGAACUGCCAGUCUCAAAGCUUAUAAAGUCACCACACCAGAAAGCUUUUGUAGUUUUGAAAUUCCUCAUGAGUUGUUUAUCAUGGGCUAAAAAUGGAAUGGGACAUUUGAAAAAGAUUCCCUACAGGCCUGUAAGCCCAAUCCAUUCAUUUUUUUCCUGAUCUGUGAAAACUUAACAAUGGGGUUUUAGUUUUCACUUAGAGAAAAAUAAAUUCAAACUGUACAUGUGUUUAUUUGGUAAAACGUGCUAUUUUUCUAAAUUAUAGAUUAGUGUCCUUCAGGAGAGACAAAUUCUUUCUAUUAUAGUUUCUUUCCUUAUUUUUUCCAAAGAUUAUAUUGCCUCCCUUCCAGUGAAAAGCCCUCUUUUAAGUUUGAGCUUGAACCUUACUUGCCAGGAGGGAAUAUUUCUAAAUUCAUCAUGAUUAAAGAACUCUGACAAUGUGCAAAGUCCGGUCUGAGUACAGCAGUGGAGAUAGGGCCUUCAUUCCUUGGUCUAGUAAAUUUGCAAAACGAUUGGGAAUGGUUCGAGAAGACAGUGUGUCAGGAUGAAACAGUGUUGAAAAUAAAGGAAGAGGUUUUUUUGGCUUAGGCUAAGUAAUUUCUUCAAAGUAGCAGCAAGGCGUAAGUGAAAAAGUCCUAAACUACAGCUCAGAAGUCUCAUGUCACAGUAUGUGACACAUCCCAUGAUGUGUCUUGGGAUGUGAUAUGUCCCAGCACUUGACAUUAGGCAGAAUGUUAUAGACACCAUUCUAAUAUAUCAGAAAAUAGAUUAAUAGCCAGUAGGUCUAAGCAAAAUAGUAUUAUGUUUGCUCUUGACGAGUUAUGGUGGUUUAUGACCACUGUGAUGUUGCUAAGUAAAAGGACAUUUUUUAACAUGGCUCACACUGGGUUCUAUACCACCACCACCUCUGUGUUGUUCUUUAAAAAAAAUUUUUUUUAAUGUUUAUUUAUUUUUGAGAGAGAGUAUGAGUGGGGGAAGGGCAGAGAGAGAGGGAGACACAGAAUCCAAAGCAGGCUCCAGGCUCUGAGCUGUCAUCACAGGGCCCGACACGGGGCUCGAACUCACAAACUGAGAUCGUGAGCUGAGCUGAAGUCGGACACUUAACUGACGGAGUCCCCCAGGCGCCCCUGUGUUGUUCUAGGCGGUAACAGGCCUGCACACUCCUGACCCAGGGCUCUUGUUGCUCCUUUGGCUGAAGACCAAAACAGUCCCCCACUGACCUGCACUGCUCACUCCCUUCAGGUGUUUAUUGAGUGUCGUCUUCAGAGUGACCCCCCCCCCCCGCCAAACCUCUGUGUUUAAUCUUAAACCCUCCAUAAUUCCCUGUGUAGUCUUUUUAAAAACUUUUUUAGUGUCUAUUUAUUUAUUUUGAAAGAGAGCAUGCAUGCUGUAGCAGGGGAGGGGCAGAGAGAGAGAGAAGAGAGAGAGAGAGAGUGAAUCCCAAGCAGGUUCCGUGCUGCCAGCGCAGAGCCUGACAUGGGGCUCGAACUCACAAACCAUGAGAUCGUGACCUAGGCCAAAACCAAGAGUCAGAUGCUUAACCUACUGAGCCACCCAUGUGCUCUCCCCCUUUGUAGUUUAUUAAUAUAGCAUUUAUUACCAUUUAAUAGUCUAUAUAUAUUUUUCUCCCACCACCAAAAAGGAAUUUAAGUUUCAAGAAGGCUAGGAUCUGUCUCCUUUGUCUAUUUUUAAUUCUACUGCUGUAUCUCUACCUGUUGGAACUGUUUAGAGCACAUAUGAGAUAUUUGAGAAACACUUUUUUGAAUGAAAUAUAUGGGAGAAAAGUAGAUAUCUUGAUUCUGUAAUUUCCCACUUAAAUUAUUGGCAUGUGAAUUAGAAUUGUCAUGUUAAUUAGCUUUAAGAGGUAGUUUUUGUUUUGGUGUGCCUGGGUGGCUCAGUCGGUAGAGCGUCCGAUGGGCUCAGGUUAUGAUCUCACAGUUUGUGAGUUCGAGCCCCCAUCAGGCUCUGUGCUGACCGCUUGCUUAGAGCCUGGAGCCUGCUUCGGAUUCUGUGUCUCCUUCUCUUUCUGCCCCUUCCCUGCUCAUGCUCUGUCUCUUUCUGUUUCUCAAAGAUAAAUAAAUGUUAAAAAAAAAAAAAAGAGGUAGCUUUUGUUUUAUUUCAGGUUUAAGAUGCUUUUAAAUUUUAAUUUCUUGGAGUGCCUGGGUGGCUUAGUCGGUUAAGCCUCUGACUCCUCAUUUCAGCUUAGGUCGUGAUCUCUCAGCUUGUGAGAUCGAGCCCCGUGUUGGGCUCUGUGCUGAUGGCCUGGACACUGCUUGGGAUUCUCGCUGUCGCUCUCUUUCUCCCCUACCCCAUGUGCACAGGCACUCUCUCUCAAAAUAAGCAUUUUAAAAAAAAUUGAAUUCCUUGUCUUUUCCUGUAGUGUCACCUGCUUACCUUUAAAUAUAAAGUCUGCGGUUGGUAUGCCUUUAAAUUAGUUAACAUUUCAUUUGGAGUCAUUCUGGGGAGAAAGCAUGCUGAACAUAUAAGAAGUAUAUUCAUCUCAGGGGAGAUGAAUUCUUAAAAAUGUUUAAGGCUUAGAGAAAAACAUUGCCUUUCACUAAUAUAAAGAGGCUCUGAUAUGAAUCAGAUUUGCAUCUUACUGUCCGUUGUUUCUGUUCAGCUCAGUCUCAGUGUAUUUGAGAAUAGGAGGAUCUUUUAAAAAAUUGUGGUUGCUGGGCUUUGCUAUUUCUAGAUUGAUAAUCAGUAGUUUAGGCCACUUGGUGUCACUCGCCUUCCACAUAAAUCCUAUUAUUGUCUUUCAUCUAGCUGGCGGUUAACUCUCUAAAACUCUGGCUUUCAUUCUUAACCUCUCUUGAGUAAAAGAAACAUGUAGUACCUUCCAGGUACAGCAUUUUGUUCUAAAUUCAGUCAGGGGAGAUACGUGUGCAAAAGUCACAAUCUUAUGAGAAGAUAAACAUGUGCGGGAAGAUCUCUGAUUCAAGAAAGCAUGUGAUGUGCGAAGUUGACACAGCAGCUGCCGUGGAUGUUCAGAGGAUUCAUUCAUUGAACAUAUUAUUAUGCAUGGUAAUUUCUUAUGCCCAUAGAUUCUUCAAAGCCUAAGAGAAGAGGCAGUUAAAAAUUAUGUCAAGUAUUUAACAAUUAGAAGCGAAAGUCCUAAGGGAAUACAAGAAAAUCAUCUUUGCUCAGGAGGCUUUAUGGAGGACGUGUCAGCCUGAGAGAGAGGAAGCUUCAUGGGGGUGGAGGCAUUCGGGAUGAGCUUUCAGGGUGAGCUAGAUUUUGACCAGUGGAGAAAAACUGAAGAUGGAACAAACAAAGAUAAGAAAAGGAAAAUGCAGAAGACAUACUUUGGAAACAAAUGGCCCAAAGCAUAGCAACGAGUUGGGGUGUGAGCAGAAAAUCAAGUUAGAACGGAAGGCUGGCCCUGGAGCAAGGAGGGUCAUAAAUGCUCAGUGAGGCACCCAGACUGGAUGUGAUAAACGCAGACGCUGAUGUUGCCUCCUCCGUCACUGGUGGCUGCGUAAGUUAGGCAAUCACGAUGGCCUGGGAUUUCUCAUUUCGAGCUAUUUUGUUUGCAGAAAAUUCUUUUGAGGGAGCAUUUUUUAAAAAGUAUCACGUAGGAAAUUAAUGCUUAGUGUAGGAAAUACUGGAAAAUGGAGAAAAAGAAGAAAAUAAAAGACACUCAUAAUUCCAUAUCCUGACAUGACCACUGUUAACACCGAUACCGUUUUCCAUUUUCCUCUACUUACAUUUUCUUUUUUUUUUCCCUUUUAUCAAAGUUUGGGAUCAUAGCCCCUCUACUCAUCCUGACUUUUUUUCACUAACACAUUUUGAAGAUUUCCCUAUGGCAAAAAGAGUUUUGUCUUCGAGCACUGUAUCACAGAUUACUUAUGUAGCUCUUUUCCUGGUAGUGAGCAGCUAGGUUGUAUCCACUUUUUUGCUGUGCUAAGUAAUUCCCUUCUUCAUGGAUGAUGGCUGACGUCGAGCAGUCUUCUGAGCACAUCAUGUAUCAACUCGUUCACACCUCACAGUAAUACGGCGCACACGUAAUUGUCCUGUUCCUGGUUUACAGGUGAGGGAAGCACAGAAAGCCUAAGGAACUGGCUCAAGCCACUUCAUCGAAAGGGGUAGAGCCGACCAGACCUUUGUCUGCUUUGGGAAAACUGGGUCAAAAAUGAAAACAUUAAGGAGAUAGGCAUUGAUAACAUUGUAGUCAUUACCUGUAAUACUUAUGUAUGGAAAUUGUUGUGGAAAAAGAUAUAUAGGUCUUUUACUCACACGAAGAUUCUGAUGUUCAGUUGCAAAGUGAGUUUAUAGCCUAGUUAGCAAAUAUACAACCGGUGGCUAUUUGCUCGAGGGUUUGGGUGUAAAAGGGACCGAGUUUCUGAGAAGGUACUGCUGAGCGAAGCUUCUCCAGGACUUUCAUACAGAGCAACUAAGAUCACUGCGUCAAUACAGUUCUGGGCGCUAGACCUAUAUUGUGUCAUGUAUUCACUGAAUCAAUCGUAUUGCACGACUUUGUUGGGGUGGGCUCUGCUUUUAUUUUUGGAUCCAGCGGAUUUGAUGAAGGUAAGCAUCUUCCCUGCACUGGCAUCCCCUCCUUACUAAUUUAAUUAUGUAGCAGAUGUAACGAGUAUCAAAGGGUCAGUUGCCGCGUCUUUGGAAGACCUAAAACUCGUAGGACUUUCAGUAAAAGGAACACUGAAAACUCUUUCUACUCCCAUGUCUUUUGAUUAGUUUGAUUCACGAUGUCCUUGGGUUGUUUGGUAACUCCCCCUUCAUAAAACGCGAGUGGAAAGGAGGCCUCUAGGACAGAAGGGGAUUGUUCCAUUUUACAAAACAAAACAAAAAAAAGAUUUAUCUGAGACUCCUGUCCCAUACCAUGCAGUACAAAACAGACCAUGGUAUGGCAGGCUUGUAUCUACAAACUCCUCCACCCUGAUACCUAAUAAUGCUGCUGGGCACAAAGGAAAAGAAUCCUGUUUGUGGAAUGAGUCCAUCGCUAUGAAAAUAAGCCCUGGGAGGAAAGGCAUCUCAUGCUUCCAUAAGGCUUAUCAAACCCUUUCUGGAAUGAGAGCAGGCAAAGAACUGUGAAGACACGAUACACUCAGGGAACAUUUCGAAAGCCAGGACAGCAGUGGGGAGAGUUGGAUUGUAGGAGUGGUGGCCCGCCUGAGGUGCUGGUCCCAGAGGGCCCAACCGCGAGAAAGGGAAGCGCCAGGGGCAGAGGUAGAGAAGGUGCCUGGGACUGUCCCUGUUUCCCUUAUUAUUUGGCCCGAGAUAGAGACUGAUUAUUUGUCUAUAGCUACAAAACAAAACAGAACAAAACAAAAAGGAAGAAGAGACUCCUGAAUCCAAUGUGAGGAUUUCAUAAUCAUUCCUUUUUUUUUCUUGCUAAUGUUUGCUUUUACAUAAUAACAAAUCUGUUU